CAUAUUCAGUAUCUCCUUGUCCAUGGUGUUCUGACACUUGACAAGGAAAUAGUGGUCAGAUGUUUCCUUGCCCCUGUGCUCUCUGGCAUGUGGUCUUGAAAAUAAUGGAUGCCCUUGUCCGUGACCCUCCCUGGAUUAUCUUUCUAACAAUUUCUUCCAGCCCAUUUUUUUAGUCUCCCUCUGUGCAGUUUCUUUUUGUUGGGUUUAUCUCAAAUGUUAUGUUUUCUCUCUUUGUUUCCAUGUCUUUGUCUUUUUGCCCUACUUUCUGAGCAAUUGCUUUAACUUUGCCUUUCAGCUUUUCUGUUCUUUUUUUUUUUAUUUGGGGGGGAUCAUAGAUUUUAUUUCCAAGAGCAACUUCUUCCUUUCUGAUUAGUCCAUUUUUCGUAGCAUCCGUUUCUUGCCCGGUAGACACAAAGCUUUUCUUGGCUUUCUGAGGGUAUCGAUUCAAACCGUUUUGAACUUUUCCUUGGCCCUCUGCAUUGUCUCCUAGGUUCCUUUUCUGUUUGGGCAGAUUUCUGUUGCUCCUGUCAGAAGCUUCUGAGUGUCUAGUGAUCCUUGGCGGAGCUUUCAUAUUAAGCAGGAGACAAUAAACAGGGAUGGGGAAGGGGGUGUCUACUGUACAUCUGCAAAAAUCUUUCUCCAAAUAAGGUCCCAUUCACAGGUAUGGAGGGUAGGACUUGGACCUACUUUAUUGGGAGUCCCUCUUCAGCCCACUACACAACCUGUCCCCCAAAAUAAAGUGGCUCUCAAUCCCACAUCCUUUGCCUUACCCAAGGGAGAGGUGGCCUCACAGGACACGCUGUGCAUGGUGAGAUGCUGGGCCCCACGGCAGACUUGGCUCUAAGGACUCCCUGGCCCCGGCCGGGUUCCCUGUCCUGCUUCAACUUCCUUUCGGUGGGAAUAUGAGUCCGUGUGCUCCUGCGAAAGCCAUCACCCGUCUGCCUCUGAGCCAGCCAGACCAGACCUUCCAACCUGUAGAAUUCUUUUCCAAAGAAACGACAUCUGUUUUAAACCUGUCUCCUUGGGAACCUCCAUCUCUCCAGAGCCCGUGGGCUGGAAGGCAAAUGCCUUCCAUUUGGUGGCAGGAAAUACCCAACUCCCAGCCAGAGUCCAAGAAGGAAAACCUCUCCACUGAGCUGGAAGGAACGUGGGCUGAGAAAGGAGCACAAAGCCGGCAGCUUCAUCCUGCAGUCAGAGGCAACUCCCGCUCCUCGGUCUCCCCAGGAUGGGCAGCCCACACAGGAAGACCCUGUCUUUCUUCCUUAUUUUUGUGCCCAUAUAUGUGCACGGGGCUUUGUCGCAGGAAGCCCGCCCUGCAGUGCAAAGGAAACCAUUUUUCCAGAGGCUCCGCCGACUGGAGGAGCAGUUUCGGAGUUUCCAGGAGGUGACCUUAACACAUCUACAGGCCAUCGCCAGCAACUACAACCUGUCCUACAACAUCGAUGCCCGGUUCCGGAGCCUGGCCCAAGAGAGCCAGGCCAUGGCUCUGGCGGUCAACCAGUCACAGGCCGCCGUGCAGAGCGACCUGGGCCACCUCAAGACUUGGAUGCAGAAGUCUCAUCGCAGAAGCCGGAAGGUGGACUCCAGGUUGCUCGCCUUGGGUGCCACCCUGAGCGAGAAGAGCCAGCAGCGUGCCCUGCAGAGGAAGGAACAGGAGGCACAGAGGGAAGCCCUGUCCAGCCUGGCCCUGGAUUUGCGGGCCCUGCAGGACACGCUGGCUCGCCUCAUGCAUGUCGUCCAGAGCCAGGGCGCCAGACUAGACACGCUCGAGGGGUGGCUGCAGGUACCCGGCCCUGGCACCACAGCCCCAGCCUGGCCUCCCACACAGCCUGAGCCACCAAGCCCAAGCUCCCCAAAGCUGCAGGGGAGCAGGCAGGUGCUCAGAGCUUUGCCUGAGCCCGGAGACUCACCUCAGGACUUCGCUGACCAUCUCCAGGGGACACGGGAGCCCCCAGGCCCAGGCAGUCAGUGGACACGGCCCGCUGAGAGACCAGGAGAGAUUUGCAACAUUGGCCCUGCACUCGUCUUCCCAAAUGCCUCUACCGAAAAUGUGGUCUUCCUCAGCCCUGGCUUCCUCUUAGGCCUUCGGGCCUUCUCUGUCUGCAGCUGGAUCCGUACGGCCUCAGGCCACCUGGGCACUCUCCUGUCCUAUGCCACUGAGGAGAAUGACAACAAGCUGGUGUUACACGGCCGGGACUCCCUGGCCCCCGGCUCCAUCCACUUUGUGAUCGGAGACCCGGCCUUCAGGGAACUGCCCCUACAGCCGCUACUGGACGGCCAGUGGCACCACGUGUGUGUCAUCUGGACGUCCAUCCUGGGCAGGUACUGGCUCCACGUGGACCGCAGGCUAGUGGCCACUGGCUCUCGCUUCAGGGAGGGCUAUGAGAUCCCUCCUGGUGGGUCCCUGGUGCUGGGCCAGGAGCAAGACAGCAUGGGAGGUGGGUUUGACAGCUCCGAGUCCUUCGUGGGGAGUGUGGCAGGCCUGGCCAUGUGGGACCGUGCGCUGGUCCCCGGAGAAGUCUCACACCUUGCCACUGGGAAGGAGUUCCCACCGGGUGCCAUCCUGACUCUGGCCAAUGCCGCAUCAGUAGGUGGGUUCGUGCAGAGGGUGAACUGCACCUGCCUAGAGCUCUGUCCAUGAGGCCUUAUCACAUGGGAGCUGGGGCCACGCUCCGGGCCGGCAAGAGAAGCAAGCCUCCAGCCAUGCCCGGCCACCCCUGACCUCGGCACACUCUCUGGAGGGCCCCCACCCCAACUGGGGAGUGAAGGGCAGGACGCUGCCUCCAACCUGGGCCCGGCACACCUGCCAUCUAACAUAGAAUGUGGGUGUUCCAUGGGGGGGUUGGGACAAGGAAACAUGGAGGGGGAGAGAGGACAGAGCUGGGAGUCGGGGUCCCUGAGAACUGCAUUCUUUCCCUCGCUGUGGUGUCCUUACAGUUGCUCACUUUAUGUAGUAAGACAUCAUUUCAACAAGGCCCGACCUGGCCAGGUGGGAGUGCUGGACUCCCCAGGGCCUCUCCUCUGGGCGUGGGUUUGCAACUUUUACGGACUCUGGAGACCUCCUGUUUUCCUUGAAACUGCACAGGCAGCAUGUGAGAUGUCAUCGCCCUCUCUCGAGGUGGCUAAGGAAGUUUCCCCUUGGGUGAACCUUGUUCCAACAUCUCAUGAAGAGGGCCAGAGAACACAUUUCCUGGCCUCCAAUGCUAUAGCCCUCCCAUGUAGCAGGAGCCCUGGGGGUUCCCUCCAAGUCCUGUGAUGGCUGAUAAGGCCACCAGGGCUGCCAGGAAAAGGGACCCGCAAAGAGCAUAAUCUAUUCAGAAAUAAACAUUAACAAUAGACAGGCAAUGUUUUAAAAGCAAUUGUAUUGGGGUAGAAUUUAUGUACUAUAAAAUUCACCCGUUGUAAGUGUACAGUUCAAAGAUUUUUAGUAGAUUUACCAAAUUGUAUAACCAUCACCACAAUCCAGUGUCAGAACAUUUUCAUUGUCCCCCCAAAUCAUGGUAAUUAGUGGUCACUCCUGUUCCACCCCCGCCCCUUCCCCCAGCUCUGGCUGCCACUGUGGAUUUGCCUGUUCUGGACAUUUCAUAUAAAUGCAAUCAUACAUGAGUUGUCCUUUUGCAUCUGGCUCCUUUCACUCAGCAAACUUUCUCCAGGUUCACUCGUGUCGUUGCUUUGUGUCCGUGUUUUGUUCCUUCUUAUGGCUGAAUAACAUUCUCUUGUAGUGGACCACAUUUUGUUUAUCCAUUCAGCAGUUGAUGGAUGUUUGGGUUGUUUCCAAUUUGGGGCUAUCUGAAUAAAGCUGCUGUACACAUUCUCACAGGGGUCUUUGUGUCGACAUGUGUUUUUAUUUAUCUUAAGUGGAUGCCUAGGAAUAGAACCGCUGGAUUGUAUGGUAAAUUCAUGCCUAAACUUGCAGAGAAACUGCCAGACUGGUUUUUCCAAAGUGGCUGCAUCAUUUUACCUUCCCACCAGCAAUAUAUGAAGUUUCCCGUUUCUCCACACUCUUGCCAACACUUGAUAUUGUCUGUCUUUUGGACAAUUAUUUUUUCUUUUUUUUUUUAGAAUUCUGAAUUGUCAUAUGAAAAAAACAUGCCUUGACAGUGAGGACCGGCAUGGUCUACUUUAAGUUUCAGUGUGAUGUAAACGAAACCUAUAAUAUCCAUGAUUCCCCAAGACGACCCAAACGCACCUCUCCUGGGUGAGGUAUCCUAAAUUAGUCCCUUGGGUCCCUUAUCAGCAUUCAUAUCCCUGCAGAGCUGUCUGUGGCCCCAGCAAUUCCUGGCCUUCAGUGGAAAGACUCAGCCCAGUACGUCCCCAACACCGCCUUCCAUGAGUCAAGGUCAGAGGAGGCAUUCUAGAACUGGAAACCCCCUGGGUGGCCACGUGAGCUCUCCCUGGGUCACUGGCUUCUGCUUCCCCUUGCACUGUCUCAGGAUGCGUCCAUCUCCUCUGGCCUUUUCUGGAGUUCUUGCUCCAUCCCAGUCUGCUGUUGAGGGGGAAGGGACGACAUCUUUCCUUUGGG